AACAUGACUAAACAUAACAUAUUGUUAAGGAGAUAAUGCACCAGGAGAUAUCUCCUACACAGAUUUUACUAUACAUAUUUAAUUAAAAUCAGUCUACGAUAAUACUUACAAUAUCUUGCUCAAACAGAAUCAAAUAUGACAAAUUUUCUACUUCUUGCUCUGCUUCUUCUGUCAUAUUGCUGUGUAGUUUUGUGUCGAGACCACCCGAAUAUACUGGACACAUGCUUUGAUGCCAAAUACCACAAGUUGAAGCCAGUUCCUGAACCAAACCUGCACGGACUGUGUUCUCCGUGGAAAUCACGUGCUUGCUGCGAGUCAAACACAACCCUAGCUUUUCACCUGAAUGAUGUAUGGAUUGGAUUUACUUGGAACCAUUGCCCUGGACACAACUUGUCAGAAAGCUGUAGGAAUUGGUUCAUGAAAGAUCUGUGCUUUUACGAAUGUUCACCUAAUACUGGGCCAUGGAUCACAGAGCAUAAAAUAAGUAUCAGAAACGAGCGUUUUCAGCAUACACCUUUGUGCACCAGUCAAUGUACCAGCUGGUGGGAGGCGUGUAAGGACGAUUAUACAUGUCUAGAUAACUGGGGUAAAGGUUUCAACUGGACAACAGGCGUGAAUACAUGUCCUGUUGGUACAACAUGCCAGCUAUUCAGUCAGAUGUUCAAGAACAACGCCACGGCUUUCUGUAACCAGAUCUGGGAUUACUCGUGGAAAGUUGUACCGGAUACACGGCCUUGCAUGAAGAUCAACUUUACUGGAACAAAUCCGAACGACGCCGUGGCCGAGUAUUACGCAAAUAUAAAUGCGACGGGAAAGAACACAAUAAAACAUUUUCUCUUACUGGCUGCUUUAUUAAUGUCUGUUUACAGUAACAACUGAUUUGACACGGACUGGCUGUUGACCGAACUUCUUUUCAAACUUUAUACACAGAUCAAGUGUUUCAUUUUGUUACAAAAAAUGUAUAGCGCCCUCUGCCAAUAGUUAUCGUACCGUCGCGUGCUAUAUUUGCGAGUCGGAUGAUGGCUAUGGAAUCGGUAAAACAGAGACAGAGGUUAGGCCUGUCAGGUGUAACGUAGGUCAUCAAAGAUUUGGAAUAAAAUUUGUACAUUUUACCUGUAUUAUUGCACUGCACAUUCAUUUAAAUUCCUAACAGUAUGUAUUUUAAAACGGCUACAUGUAUAUUAUAAUUAUGCAUUUAACUGUCGCCGGGAUAAUAAAAUAAAAGCUUUGGAAAUAAAUUUGAAAUCUGCAACUCA